AUGAAGGGUGCAUGUGUGUGGUUAGUUGUGGCUGCCUCCGUGGUCGGUGCAUUGGGAACUGGAGAAACUGUACCGCAACCCGUGGAUAACAAAAAGAACGAGAAGCGGGGUCUCUACGACUUGGGGUAUGGAGGAGGAGGUGCCUUAGAAGGAGGUAGCUUCGCUGGUUACGGAGGCCUCAGUGGCUACGCCAGUGGAUACGGAGGAGGUGCCGGCAUCGGUGCAUAUGGAGGUGGGGGCGGCUACGGUGGUGGAUACGGAGGAGCUGGUUUCGGCGUUAGCGGUGUUGCAGCUGGUGGAGCAGGAGGUGGGGCUGGUGGCGUCAGAGGCGCAUCUCGGGUCGUCGGGGCUGCACUGCUGGUCCACCAGGCGGUGCCGUAUCCCGUUCCCUACGCAGUCACACGUGACGUCCACGUGCCCGUAUUUGUGCCGCGGCCUGUGCUCGUCCCAGUGGCCACAGGAGGAGCUGGUGGCGCAGCUGGUCGAGGAGGAGGCGCUGGGUUCGGUCUAGGAGGCGGCAUCGGAGGUUACGGGGGCGGCAUCGGAGGUUACGGAGGCGGCUACGGUCUCACAGGCGGCUUUGGGGCGGGCAGCUAUGGCAUCGGUGGUGGUGGUGGUUUUGGAGAUAACUGUCCACAUCACGACUGUAACUACAGCACAGGUGUCACACCAAUCAAUGAAUUAAUCUCAGACCUCCUGUGCUCGAAUUGUCUGUGA